AUGCCAAGUGAACAAAAGAUUCCAAGACCAAAAAAUGCUUUCAUUUUAUUUAGACAACAUUACCAUAAAAUUUUAAUUAAUGAAUGGACAGCAAAAAAUAUUGCAAUUCCUCAUAAUUCAGAAAUUUCAAAGUUGUUAGGGAAUAAAUGGAAAUUAAUUUCUGCAAAAGAAAAAUUACAUUGGGAUAAUUUAGCUAAACAAGAAAAGAUUAAUCAUGAAAAAAAAUUUCCACAAUAUAAAUAUAGACCAGUUAGAAAACAAAAGAAAAAGUUUUUACAAUUACAGCAACAAAUUCAACAGCAACAACAAGCACAACAACAACUUCAACAUCAUGUUCAACAACAAUUACAACAACAACAACAACAACAAUCCGUAGGUCAACAACAGAUACAAGCACAAGCUCAUCAUCAAUUAUCAAGAGGUGGGAAUGGAAGAGUUCAAUAUUAUCAAACACUUUCAAAUAAUUCUCAAAAUUCAAACUUAACUGGAAUUCCAAGUUCAAUAGAAAAUGAACAAAAAUUAUUAUAUUCUUCAUCAAUACCAAAUUCAAUCAAUUUUAAUGAUCCAACUACUCAAUUACAAGCUCAAAAUUUUUAUUAUCAACAAAAAUCCGGUAUGUCAAAUAGUGGGAACCCAAAUAAUAUUAACUUAUUAUUACCCUCAAUAGAUACUACAAAAUUAAUGAAUCAACAAUCAUUUCUUGCCCAACCAUCAGGCACUCCAGCCGCCACUCAAACACAACAAAUGAUGGAUCAUUUUUAUAAAAUUUAA